UGCUGGACCAUUAGGCAUUUAUGAUGACAAUGACUAAUUCCCUCCGCUUUUCUUUGUCUAUUAACUUUGCAUAUCGUUUGUUUCUUGGAAUAUUUCUUGAUGUUAAUAUAAAGCAACUGAAUCAUGAGGCAGUGAUUUAGAUCGAGUAAAAUAAGCUACUUUCUGUACAGGCUUGGACUUUCGACAGUCGAUUGUCAAUUUUGAGUUUAACAGUCUGAGAAGAUUGACAUGUAUUUCUACCUUUUUUAUCCACUGAUUAAAAGGGGUGUCCCCCUUGUCAUUGAGAAUUUCUAUCUACUCCUAAAAUUCAAAAGGUUGUAAGAGAUUGCAUUUAAGGGCUGACAACAGUUUCUAUCUUUUUAUGAAUCUUUCUUUUUUUAAUAUAUAUAUAUAGAGAGAGAGAAAGAGAGAGUUAUUCUAGCAUCUCAGUUAGCCAUUAAAAAACAAACAAAAUUGUACUGCAUGAAGAAUCACUAGAGUAUCAAUGGACGGCACUCUCAUAUUUCUUCUAUGCUCUUCUUUGCUGCUGAUUUUAACAAUAUUCACUGCAGCUGACACCAUAACUACAACUCAAUCUGUUAGAGAUGGUGAUUACAUGGUUUCAGCUGGUGGAAGCUAUAGACUAGGAUUUUUUAGCCCAGACAAUUCCUUUAACCAAUACUUGGGUAUAUGGUACAACAAAGUAUCUGUCUUUACGGUAGUUUGGGUUGCCAAUAGAGAAAGUCCCCUCAGAAAUUCAUCCAGUGUUUUGAAGAUUACUAAUGAAGGAAUUCUGGUCCUUCUCAAUCAAAAUGGGAGCAUAAUUUGGUCUUCCAACUCAACAAGAUCAGCAAGGAAUCCGGUAGCGCAGCUUUUGGAUUCAGGAAACCUUAUAGUGAAAGAAGAGGGCGAUGACAAUAUGGAAAAUUUCUUGUGGCAGAGUUUUGACUAUCCAUGUGAUACAUUCCUACCAGGGAUGAAGAUUGGAAGAAAUAGAGUAACAGGCCUGGAUCGAUUCAUAUCAUCAUGGAAGACACCUCAUGAUCCUUCUCGAGGUAAUUUCACAUAUGGACUUGAUCCUAGUGGUUAUCCUGAGAUCAUUGUGAAAGAGGAUUCAAUUUUACGGUUUCGGAUUGGACCAUGGAAUGGUCUUCGUUUUACCGGGACACCUCAACUAAAUCCAAACCCUGUCUUUGAAUAUGGUUUUGUUCUCAAUGAGAAGGAGAUGUACUACACUUAUCACCUUCUUAACAGCUCUCUUCUUUCAAGAGUGGUAAUAAAUCAGGAUGGGAUCGUCCAGCGCUUCACCUGGAUUGAUCGGACACAGGUUUGGGAACUUUAUCUUACUGCACAAACUGAUAACUGUGACCGUUAUGCUUGGUGCGGUGCAUAUGGUAGUUGUAGCAUUAACAACUCUCCAGUGUGUAGUUGCUUGAGAGGAUUUGUACCAAAAGUUCCAAAAGAAUGGGAUCUGGUAGAUUGGUCAAGUGGUUGUGUGAGAAAGACUCCAUUAAAUUGCUCCACAGAUGGGUUCCGAAAGUACUCUUCCUUGAAGUUGCCAGAAACUAAAAUAUCCUGGUUUGACACGAGCAUGAAUCUUGAAGACUGCAAGAUUACGUGCAUGAAGAACUGCUCCUGUACAGCUUAUGCUACUUUGGACAUUAGCGACGGUGGAAGUGGGUGCUUGCUUUGGUCUGCUGAACUGGUUGAUAUAAGAGAAUUCAGUAAAAAUGGCCAAGAGAUUUAUAUAAGGAUGGCUGCAUCAGAAAUAGGGGACGAUGAUGAUGUGAAGAGUCAGGUUAAGUCCAAUGUCAAGAAACAAACAAUGAUUAUUUUAAGCUGUGUGUUAUCCUCAGCAAUGCUAUUCCUUGGACUAGCUUUGGUCAUUUAUGUUUGGAAAAAGCAGCAGCAGAAAGACAGUAAUCUGGAAAAUAGUGCAAGUACUAAGAACAAGAAGGAAGAUAUGGAGUUGCCUUUGUUUGAUUUGGGAACCAUUUCCUGCGCGACCGAUAACUUCUCUGCUACCAAUAAGCUUGGAGAGGGAGGUUUUGGACCUGUUUACAAGGGAAGGUUGAAAGAUGGACGAGAAGUAGCUGUAAAGAGGCUCUCUGAAAAUUCAAAACAAGGACUUGAUGAGUUUAAGAAUGAAGUCAUGCAUAUUGCUAAACUUCAGCAUCGGAAUCUUGUGAAGCUUCUAGGAUGCUGCAUCGAGUCCGAUGAAAAGAUAUUGAUCUACGAGUUUAUGCCUAACAAAAGCUUGGACUUCUUUAUUUUUGAUCAAACACAGAGCUUGUUUCUAGAUUGGCCUAAGCGUUACAACAUUAUCAAGGGGAUUGCACGUGGAAUCCUUUAUCUCCAUCAAGAUUCACGGCUAAGAAUAAUUCAUAGAGAUCUAAAAGCUAGCAACAUUUUAUUAGAUUAUGAAAUGAAUCCUAAAAUUUCAGACUUUGGCCUUGCAAGAAGCUUUGGAGGAAAUGAAACUGAAGCAAAUACGAAUAAGGUGGUGGGAACAUACGGUUACAUGUCACCAGAGUAUGCAAUUGAUGGCCUCUACUCAGCAAAAUCCGAUGUGUUCAGCUUUGGAGUUAUAGUGCUAGAGAUAGUGAGUGGGAAAAGGAACAGGGGAUUCUGUCAUCCAGAACACCAUCUUAACCUUCUUGGACACGCAUGGAGACUAUACAUGGAGGGUAGGUCCAUUGAAAUGAUUGAUGCGUCAGUGAGAAGUUCAUGCAACUUAUCUGAAGUGCUAAGGUCAGUUCAUGUUGGUUUACUUUGUGUGCAACGAAGGCUAGAAGAUAGGCCGAGCAUGUCAGCUGUGGUUUUUAUGUUGGGCGGUGAAGGUGCAUUGCCUGAGGCUAAGCAGCCAGGAUUCUUCACAGAAAGAGAUCUCAUCGAAGUGAAUUCCUCCUCAAACAAGCACAGCUCCUCUUCUGCAAAUGGGCUGACUAUAACACUACUACAGGCACGAUAAAUCGUAUAUAAUGUACAAUAAACUUUUAAAAGAUUUAUUCCAAUUAGACUGCACUAUUAUAA